AUAAUAUUUUAUAUUUUUCUGUUUUUUAAAUAGCUACAAUUUGUGUGUAUCCAUUAACAUAAUUUUUAAUUGUUUAACACAACAGACAUUUUAAUUUGAAACACUUAAACAAAGAUGCAUGAAUAAACAAAAAAAACUUUGGAAAUUCCAUUAAAAGUGGCAAGAAAUAAAUGGCAGUAGUAACCAUAAUAAUGCCAAUGUAUCCUUGGCAACCAUGAAUAAAAUUUGUUUCCAUGCAUGAACAACAAAAUGUGCACAGUUGAGAGAAAGCCUAAUAAAAUAUUUAAGUUUCUAUCGUCAAAAUACUUGGAUUUAAUAACAAUAUAAGGAUAAAAUUUGUCAUAACUUUAUUUAAUAACAUAUAACACAUAACAUAAUGGCUUCUACGUUACCCAAAAGACAAGCCUCUAAAGUCUCAGAAAUAAUGAAAGAUUAUGUGAGUUUGAAGAGUCGUAUGUCAGGUAUGAGCUUAGCUGGUGGAGAUACGGAUUGGAUACGAGGGAAAGUUGCUCUUAAACCGGAUGAUCAAUUACAAUUAACGGAGACAGAACUUCAGGAAGAAAUUGCUCGAGUACUUACAGUACAAAACACACGUAUUCCUGACUCACUAGUUGAAUGGUCUUGGAAAUUAAGAGAAUAUAUUAGACUACCUGAUCCUCCUAAUGUAGUAACUCUCAUGAGUGUACCUGGUACUAUACUACGUAAAGACUCGGAGGAAGCUAAGGUGCAAAUAGCUGGUGGUAUUGUUGCAGAAAAUCAUGAUGAGGGGUUGACCUUUGAUACCAGGCAGGAUGAUAAUAUACUGGAUAAAUAUGCGGAUGAAGAAUACGAAGGAGAAUAUGAAUAUGAAGCAGAAGUAGAUGAAAAUGAGUACCAAAGAGAGAAACAUAAAAAAAUACCUAAUCAAUUCAAUUUUUGCGAGAGAGCAGCAUUAACGUAUGAAAAUCCUAUGAGAGAUAUGAGUACACAAACUUUACCACCACCCACAGCAUUGUUUAAUACGCACGUCUUCCAAUGGACUAUUUUUGACGAAUAUCAGGAAGAUUACAUGCAACAACAACGUGAAAGAGAAAGAGAAAGAAGAUUGCCAGUUACACAGGUACGAAGAGAGGAUAUGAAAAAAAAAGAACAAAUGGAAAACAUUGAAAUGUAUGAUAGAAUGCUUAAAGCAGCUAAAACGUUAGAAAGAAUGGUGAAUCAAAAUAUAUUUGAUGAAAUUGCGCAGGACUAUAGGUAUUGGGAUGAUCCAAGCGAUGAAUUUAAAGAUGGUGAAGGGUCUUUAUUACCAUUAUGGAAAUUUCAUUAUGAACCAACAAAAAAACAUGAUAUCACAGAUGUAUGCUUUAACGAAAGAUAUUAUGAUCUAUUUGCAGUAUCAUAUGGAGCAUUGACAUUUAAUAGUCCUAUAAAGGACGGCUCAGUAUGUUUAUUUAGUUUGAAAAAUCCAUCGUACCCAGAAUGGAUUUGUCCAACAGAAUCUCCAGUAAUGUGUUUAGAUUUUAGCAUUCAACAUCCUCAUUUAUUAGUCAUUGGUAUGAAAGAUGGUUCAGUAGCUGUAUAUAAUAUUAUGUUACCACCAACAGGCCCACAAUAUAAAAGUAAUGAUGUUACACAAAAACAUGGAGGCAUCGUAUGGGAGGUUCGUUGGGCACCUGAUACACAAGAAGGAAAUUUAGCAUUUUAUAGUGUUAGUAUCGAUAGUAAAAUAAAUUUUUGGGUUCUUAAUCAAAAGGAACUUGGAUUAACAACAAUUAUGACAUUGUUUCUUGACCAACCACCAAUACCAGGUCCUGAUGGUACAAUGAUAACACUCAAAGGGUGUGGAACCUGUUUGGCUUUUUAUCCAUCUGAUGAGCAUAUAUUCUUAGUUGGAACCGAGGAGGGUACUAUGUAUAAAUGUAAUACAGCAUACAGCAGCAUUUAUAUGCAAAUAUAUAACGAAGCACAUAAUAUGCCAGUGUAUCGUAUAGUCUUCAAUAAAUAUAAUUCGAAAAUAUUUGCAAGUUGUUCGGGAGAUUGGAGAAUUAAAAUAUGGGAAGAUGAAAGACCAGAUCCACUUUUUAUGUUUGAUCUCGGGGUUCCAAUUGGAGAUGUCCAAUGGGCACCUUACAGUUCAACUGUCUUGGCUUGUGUAUCGAAUGACGGAAAAGUUACUGUUUUUGAUUUGAACGUGAACAAAUACAGACCAAUUUGUAGCCAAGCGAUUGUUAGUAAAAGAAAAUACAAAUUAACAAGGCUUGCUUUUAAUAAUAAGCUACCUUUCAUCAUAGUUGGCGAUGACAAGGGCACCAUAAGUGCAUUGAAACUAUCACCAAAUCUUAGAGUGAAAGUAAAACCAACGAAAAAACAAAUCGAUUUAACAAAUACUGAGUUAGAAUGUAUGAAAUUAGAAAAAUUAUUAAGUUUUAUACGAGAACCACCUACAUUAACGCCACCAAAAGAUGUUAAAUUAGAAUGAGGAUAUUAGUAUUUGCAAUAUUUGUUGAAGUUUGAAAAAAUAUAUACAGUACCAUAUUUA